UUCCAACUUCCAACUCGCGCGAGUCUUCCGUUAACUCUGAGGGAGUGUAGUCGUUUCGCCCGGAUCAACCUUUAACACGUGACAAACGUAAUCCGGAAGGUGUAAAUUUACGCGAAUUUGUGAUAUCCAGAGUUUUUCACCGGGUUGCAGACAGACAACGUAUUAUGCAUCCAGUUGUUCAGUCUUUCACACGCAGUUUUGCAUUACUUUCAGCGGUUUUUAUAACAGUUAUAACUACGAAGGUCCGGGGGCAGCAAAAUUGUAACACGGCCUUUAUGCAGUGUGCACGCCCUCUAUCUAUACUCACAGACUCCGGGCUAAGCUUCGUCACCACCAAGGAAGACCUAGAUAGAACAUGUCCAAACUUCCAAGAAGCCCUCAGAUGUAUCAGAGCCUACACGCGACGAUGUAUGAGCUACGAACAGAGAAAACACUUCAAGAAACUGUUUCAUGGAACUACAUUGAUGGUCCACGAGUUAUGCAAAAACGGAACAUACCAAGAAGAAUACCUCAAUUACGCACCAUGCAUGAAGAAUGUGGAGAGUCAAACGAAAGUUUGCUUCAACAAGUACGCAACAGCUAUGCAAGACAUUCAGACCAAAACAAAUCUAGAAGAAGAACGGGAGGAGAUCUUGGACACAGACAUUUUCAUGUACGAAAAAAGAAAAAGAGAAACCGCGGAUAAGGGUAUCAGAGAUGUCUGCUGCACUUUCCAAGAAUACGUGGAAUGCUCGUCCAGCACGAUGCGGCAACACUGCGGAGAGGGUGCAGAGAAAUUCAGUCGAAAGUUCCUAGAUCAGAUGUCCUCAGCUAUGAUCAAGAGUCAUUGUCACGAGUAUACCCCGCAAGUUUGUGGAAUUGACACCUCGUCAGCAACGACAGGAUCGUUAUCAAUAAUCUUAGCACUAUUGAUCACACUAUCACAUUUUCUGAGAUAAAUCACCAAAUACUAGUAGUAUAAAAUCCUUUAUAUUUUGUAAAUUCUGAAUGAAAUGUGAAAGCUGUAGAGAAAUGUAGCAGUUAUCUCGAUACUGUUCCACGAUGUGUUCAUCUAUUUAAAACUCAAUUCCUUUUUUAAAUCCGAACAGGACGUGGAACAAUAUCGAGAGAAUUGUGAUAUAAAUCGAAAUUUCCUUUUAAUUCGAUUCAAAAGACUGAUGGUACAUGUGACAGUGUUUUUCUUAAGAAAUUGGGUAGGAAUCUCAUAGGUUAAGCUGAGACUGUUAUAGGAGGUCAAAGCAAUAAUGCACUAUUAGAUUCAGAAGUCAAUUGCGAGUUCAUAUCAUAACAUCAGAUAUGGUAUGUUUUCUGCAGACAUUUUAGAAGUGAAUUUUUGGGAUGUGAUACCAAAACCUCAUUUAAUUCAUUAUUGCCUUCCUACCUAUCUUAGAACUUAGAUUCAGAAGUCUUAAUAGUGAAUUCAUCCAUAUUCAUCUUUGCCAGAAACUGACAUAGUGUACCCUUUUCAUUUUCUUCAUUGUAUGGUGCAAUUUAUUCCACCAAUCUUAGUAGGAAAUUUAUUGUUUUUGCAUGAUGCGAUAACAGAAGGACUUUUAUUCAGCUCUGAACGGACUGUAAUCAUAGGGGAGGUUCUCAAAUCCCCUCACGGAACAACCAAAUCAAACGGAAUAUGCUAAUUUUCCUUCAAAUACGAAAGAAUUGCCAGCAAAUGCCUCAGUAUUUGGGUAACAACAUAGCAUGCAAAAAACCAAUUCAUUUAUGGAAUAGGAGCUGGCCUCAACUUGGUGAAUUGGUAUUUUGUUUCAAAUAAUGUUUUCUUAAUUGUCAAUUAUUCCUAUUGUUAUUUGUGUGUUUUAUGAGUUGAAUGUGGGUCACACCGCAUUCAAAUAUCCAAGAACUGGACAGAUUUUCCAGGAAGAAUGAAGUAUUCGAUUAUAUGAAGAAGAUUUUUCCAUCUAUUAGACAAUUAGAAAAAACUUGGUAGCUAUUGCACCUCACGUUUUCCUAUCUUACAAUCAUGGCUAUUUAUCUGUUCCACUGGAGCUCUUGAAUAUGUUCAUUACACAUUCGCAUUAACUCAAUAAGAAGUCAAAGAAGGUAUAUCCUAUACCUACUUCAUUUUUCAUAAUGAAAAUUCCAUACAUUACGCUAUUUUAUUGUACAAAUGUAUACAUUAGAAUUGUACAUUACGUAGUACUUCCUUGUCAUUUUCAUUGACAAUUGUUGCAAUAUUUCCUUCGUCAAACAAAUCCAUCACAUUUUACAUUACUACAUAUCAAAUUGUCAUGAUCCUCAUAUAAUGUGAAUUUUGUGAUUGGUUUUUAAAUACUCAUUGAUCAUAAUUGUGGUGAAUAGUUCAGAUCAAACCUAAAUUUCUAUAGCUGUAGUAAAUGGAGAAAAAAAAUUGUUAAUGCUGUACAUACUAUGAUAAUAAUAAAUUAUUGAGUUAUUUA